GCCACCUCAUAAAGCCUGGCCAGGAGCGUAGCCUGGUCUGGAGGAGUCCUGGAAGGGUGGUUCAGUCCCACAGCCUCAUAGGCCUUGAAGGGUCGCUACAGCGUCAUGGGCUGGAGCCCUCCGGCCCCACCCAGCUGGGCGCUACUGCUAAGGCUGUUGGUGUUGCUGCAGCCCUGGGGGCUGGGCGAGGCAUGCAGCUGUGCUCCCGCACACCCGCAGCUGCACGUCUGCCGCUCCGCACUGGUUAUCCGGGCCAAAAUCUCCAGUGAGAAGGUAGUUCCUGCCAGCGAAGACCCUGCUGACACUCAAAAAAUGAUCCGGUAUGAAAUCAAACAGAUAAAGAUGUUUAAAGGGUUUGAGAAAGUCAAGGAUGUUCAGUACAUCUAUACACCUUUGGACUCUUCCCUUUGUGGUGUGAAACUAGAAGCCAACAGCCAGAGGCAGUAUCUUUUGACUGGCCAGGUCCACAGUGAUGGGAAAGUGUUCAUUCAUCUGUGCAACUACAUCAAGCCCUGGGAGGACCUAACCUUGGUGCAGAGGGAAAGUCUGAAUCAUCACUACCACCUCAACUGUGGCUGCCACAUCACCACCUGCUACACAGUGCCCUGUACCAUCUCAGCCCCCAAUGAGUGCCUGUGGACAGACUGGCUGUUGGAACGGAAGCUCUAUGGGUACCAGGCCCAGCAUUAUGUCUGCAUGAAGCAUGUGGAUGGCACCUGCAGUUGGUACUGGGGCCACCUGCCCCCCAGGAAGGAGUAUGUUGACAUCAUCCAGCCCUAGUGGGGACUAGUAGCCCCAUGUGCUUUUUAAGAGUCCUGAAGAUCAAGCCAGUUCUCCUUCCUUGUGAAACUCUAUCAACACCUGGCCAGUUGUUGCCCACCAAGGGACAGCCUGGUCAGCAUCACAGCAGGGGUGGCGCAUGUUAGAGCUUGUGCCUAAGACCCCACCCUAUGGCCCACCAAGGACUGGAGAAGGCAGCAUGAGUUUUCUGUCUUACCUUCAAGCCCACAUCCCAUUAAUCUAGCUUACAUCUGUUACUGAAAGUUUUGAUUCUGGCUUUGUUUAUUUUCCAAAGUCAGAACUAUUCCCUUUUUCCCCAUGGCAAUGUGUUUUCCUUUCCCUUAACUGACCCGAGAGAGGAGAAAAGGAAUGUUAUUCACAGAGAUGAUAUGACCUUGUGAUAUGCAAUGCAGAAGUGUGGGGUUGAUGGUAUCAUAAACCGGCUGACUGGCAGGAAUGAAUGAUUUACUGCAGCCGUGUAUCCUCUACUCCUCUUGUCUCAGUGGUUCUAAUCCUGUACACUUCCAGAUAUACCUUGGCACACAGAAUCACUUGAUUCGAGAGUUAGGACAACCUAACCUCUCUCCCUGCGCUGUGACCCUCAGCACCAUUCCCAGUGAAGGUCUGAUCCUGUUAGCACACUCCACGGACAAGAGAAGGCCUCCUAUACAAGAGCAGACAUUUUCUUCCAGGUUAACUGUCCCGAAUGGCCUUGACUGAUCUCUAGAGGGCUUCUCUUCUGUCCCCUUCACAUUACUAGUGUCCUGAUUGCUACUUCAUGAUGCUUUUAAGCCAAAAAAGCCUUUCUCUAGUAGAACUGAAAUCCCUCCUACAUCACCUCAGAGAGAUGCUCAUUUCCUGAGGGGAAAUUUUAGGACCAGUAUCUCUACUCUUAGAGGGAAAAGGAGGUGGGGGCAGGGAGAGAGACCACUUGCAUUUGAUGUAGUUUUCCAGUGGUCAGCAUUGCUGGGAUUACUGCAGGAAAAGCCAGCUCUGAUACCCAGAAUGCCCUCCAUCUCCUGGACUCCCUGAGGUCUCCACCACAGACUCCUUAGGGUUUCUUGGCCUCUGCAAGCCUUCUGGACUUGCCCUGAAUGAGAAAACCCUGAUAUUGGCUUCUAAGAUUUAUUAUGGACAAAUGCCUAACAUCUACAGUCUCUCCCCAGGGAAGCUCAGGCGAAGAUGAUAGAUAGGGCUAGUUCUCAGAGCAAAUGUUGUGCUCCUCUCCUCUGUAUGGUCUGCUGGUGCAGGGCCUCAGACAGCAUGCAGAAGGCACCUCUGGACUUACAGAAGUUCUGUGAAUGGCAUUCCCAUAGCCGACGGGAGGAGGCAGAGGGAACAAGGGAGCUCUGGGCCAUGGCUAGGUAAAGCAGGGUUCCUCAACUGAUCACGUCUGCCUUGGACAGAGGGGAUAGAAAGGAUGACAGGAGUUUGAGCUCCAGGUUGUCCCGGAGGAAAAGCAAUAGCCUUCUUACCAACCAGCCGUGCCAUCUCUCUGUUCCUCCCACCAUCCUAGGAUGAAUCGAGAACAGCUCUAAGGUUCACUCAGCCUUAUCACUGACUGGAGGAAGCUGAAGGAAUAAAGUCUGGAAUAAAGUCUCAGGAGUGCUUCACAUUUUACAGAA